AAAAUGGCCGCGGCGGCGGCAGCGGCGGCAGCGGCUCCUCUGCUCCCCAGGGCGGCACCGGCGGCAGCGGCGGCGGCGCGGAGGAGCGGGGGACCGGCCCGGCAGCACUGAGCUCGGCACCGCCUGCCCUGCGAGCGGACGAGGCGAGAACGAGCGGGAGAGACGGCGAGCGGCGCUGCGUCCCCCCCCUCCCCCUCAGCACCCCGGCGGACCGACCGACCCUGCCCGAGGCGCUGCUGCGGCUCCCCGGGGACACGCCGCCGCCUCGGCUGCCCCGCUCCCCGCCGACCCCCGGGUCCCAGCUCCUCCCGCCGCCCACCCGGGUCCCUGCCGGAUCCCUGCGGAGGACACGGAGAGAGCCGCGGGAUCUUCCCCCCACCCCCGCCUGCCCGCGGAUCCCGCUGCGAGCCAGGCACACAGACUGUCGGGUUUCCCCGCUCCCUCCUCCCUCCGUGAAAGACUUUGCUGGAUCCUCCUCCCCGGAUCCCCUCCCCGCGCUCGCUCCUUCCUGCGGGAGCGGCUGCUGGAUCCUCCUCCCGCCCCGGAUCGGCCGCGGGGUCCCUGCGGAGCCGCGGACCCUCCUCCCCUCGCCGAGACAGCGCUGGAUCCUCCGCCCCCCCGGACCUCCCGGCGGGAUCCUCCUCCUGCCCGCAGCCCCAUGUGAGACUCCGCAUCCCCCCGUGCCUCCGCGGUGGUGGUUUAUUUUUUUUUUCCCCCCCUCCUCCUUUUAUUUUGAAGGGGGGAUCCAUCUUAAAACUCUUUUCUGGAUCCCAGUUUCUCUUUUUUGAUUUGCACUUUUUUGAAAAACCCUCAGAUGCUCCUCCAUGUGGACUGAGAACCCAUCAAGACACACACACGAGAACUCAUCCCGAUCAACUCCAAAUCCUGGCUUUUCGUGGGUUUUGCUGCAACACAUAAAAGCAAACUUGUAUUUAAGACACACUCGUGCAGAAAUUUAGCUGGGGACUUGAACGUGUAUUUCGUCUUGGUGUCUUGGUCUUGGUUAUUUUUUUGUUGGUUUUUUCUUUUUUUUUUUUUUUUUUUUUUUGCUUCACUGGAAAUCAAAAGCUUGUUUUGGAAUUGGACCUGCUUUUGCUGCACUUCUCCUCUGGGCUGGAUAACACUGAAGCUCUUUGCUUUUCUACUUGGAUAGUGUUUUCCUGUUGAUCUGUUGGGUUUUUUUUCAUCUCCUGUGUGGCAGACUUUUUUUUUUUCCCUGAGGGGGGUAAACAGACGACGACAACAACAAAAAAACUUAAUUUUUUUGGCCGUGUGAGAUUUUUUUCGUAUUCAUAUUCGUGAAAUUACGGGUACACUUACAAAAAAUUAAAAAAAAAAAGAAAAAAAAAUUGAAAAUAAGAAAGGAACACGUCAGAAAGACCCCUACACGGUAGACAAAAUACUCACUCGUUUCCUUACAGCAAGACUGAAUCGAAAGCUGCCAAAGAGCCCCAUAAAGAAAAGACUAAAAGGGAGAAAGAACAAGAAACACAAGAAGAGGAACAUUUGAUGGAAGAAAAGAAAAAGAAAAAGCAGGAAGAAAAGAAAAAGAAGGAAGGUGCUCAGAAAAAGGCUGCUGAACAAAAAACCAAAGUGCCAGAACCUAUUAAGACCAGUUUAAGCCAGCCCCAACCUGCCGGUACCGGUACCAGUACUUCCACCAGCACUCUCACCAACAGCAGCAAUGGCAAGCGCGCGUCUGCUAACGGGCAGCAGCCUGCGGCGUCCCGCUACCUGCCCCGAGAGGUGCCUCCCCGCUUCCGCCAGCAGGAACAGAAGCAGCUCCUAAAGCGGGGGCAGCCACUGCCCACCGGGGCUCUGAGUGCCCCCGGCCCGGCGCCGGGCACGGCAGCAGCGGGAGCCAGCCCUCCUCCUCCUCCUCCUCAGCAGGGAGCAGCGGGACAGCAGCAUCCCGGCAAGGGCCAGCCAGAUCUCAGCCACAGUGGAUUGGGAGACCAUUAUGAGAAUUCCCACUGGGGACAGCAGCCCGCUUUCAGGAGUGAAGGCAACUGCAGCUGGGAUAAAGUGAUAAUAGACAGGACUGACAAGGAAGCGUGGCCUUCCAUUACCGGAGCUGAGACUGAGUCUGCCUCAGAAUGUACUACAGACACUGACUCUGCCUCCAACUGUGGCUCAGAGAACAGUAGCAUGGCUACAGGGAGUGCCCAAGGCAACUUCACUGGACAUACAAAGAAAACUAAUGGCAAUAAUGGCGCCAACGGAGCACUCGUCCAAAGCACUUCUAACCAGAGUGCCCUUGGAGCUGGUGGAGCAAACGGCAACGGCGGCUCGGCCAGGGUGUGGGGGGUGGCUGCGGGCUCCAGCUCUGGCCUAGCUCACUGCUCUGCCAGUGGUGGGGAUGGAAAGAUGGACAACAUGAUGGGAGAUGGUAGAAGUCAGAACUGCUGGGGUGCUUCCAACUCGAAUGCUGGCAUGAAUCUUAACCUUAACCCUAAUGCCAAUCCAGCUGCCUGGCCUGUACUUGGACAUGAAGGAACUGUGGGAGCAGGCAACCCUUCCAGUAUUUGCAGUCCAGUCAGUGCCAUAGGUCAGAACAUGGGCAACCAGAAUGGGAACCCAACAGGCACCUUAGGUGCUUGGGGAAACUUGCUGCCGCAAGAGAGCACAGAACCACAAACGUCCACUUCUCAGAAUGUGUCUUUCAGCGUACAACCUCAGAACCUUAACACUGAUGGACCAAAUAACACUAACCCCAUGAACUCUUCACCAAACCCUAUCAAUGCAAUGCAGACAAACGGACUGCCGAACUGGGGGAUGGCCGUGGGCAUGGGGGCCAUCAUCCCGCCCCACCUGCAAGGCCUUCCUGGUGCUAACGGAACAGCGGUUUCUCAAGUCAGCGGGGGCAGUGGUGAAGGAAUGGGCAGUUCAGUAUGGGGGAUGUCCCCAGGUAAUCCUGCCACAGGAAACAGCAAUUCUGGGUUCAGUCAGGGGAAUGGAGACACUGUGAACUCAGCAUUAAGUGCUAAACAAAACGGAUCCAGCAGUGCUGUGCAAAAGGAAGGAAACGGAGCGAACGCGUGGGACUCGGGGCCUCCCUCUGGCCCCGGGGUCCUGGCCUGGGGCAGGGGCGGUGGCGGGGUUGGCAGUGUGCAUUCUGGAGCCUGGGGCCACCCCAACCGCAGCGCCAGCAACGGUGUCAACGGCGAGUGGGGCAAGCCCCCAAACCAGCAUUCCAAUAGCGACAUCAACGGGAAAGGAUCAACAGGGUGGGAUAGCUCGAGUGUUACCAGUCCGAAUCCUGCCAUGCAGCAGGGCAAUGAACAAAUGAACUCUUGGGCCAAAGCUGCGGCAUCUGGCACCACGGCUAGUGAAGGAAGCAAUGACAGCGGUGGGAGUCAAAAUGAAGGCAGUACUGGGAGGGAGGGGGCUGGAGAGGGCAGGAGGAGAGACAAAGGGAUGAUAGACCAAGGGCAAGUUCAGUUGCCAAGAAAUGACCUUGACCCCAGGGUCCUGUCCAAUACGGGGUGGGGACAGACCCCUGUGAAGCAAAACACUGCCUGGGAAUUUGAAGAGUCCCCAAGGUCUGAACGGAAGAAUGACAAUGGAACUGAGGCCUGGGGUUGUGCAGCUACUCAAUCUUCAAACUCAGGGGGGAAGAACGAUGGGUCCAUCAUGAACAGUACAAAUACCUCUUCAGUAUCUGGGUGGGUCAACUCUCCACCGGCAGCUGUUCCAACAAAUACAGGUUGGGGAGACAAUAACAACAAAGCACCAAAUGGCCCAGGGGGGUGGGGAGAGUCAGCAAGCUCUACUACUGUUAAUAAUGCUGCUGCUGCCAAAAGCGGCCACGCUUGGAGUGGGACCGCAAAUCAGGAGGACAAAUCACCUACCUGGGGUGAACCUCAGAAACCCAAAUCUCAAAACUGGGGAGAUGGACAGAAAUCAAAUCCAAGCUGGACUUCAGGAGGUGGAGACUGGACAGAUUCAUCAUCUGUUCCUGGACACUUGGGUGAUGGGAAGAAGAAUGGAUCUGGAUGGGAUUCUGAUAAUAGGUCAGGGUCUGGCUGGAAUGAUUCCACAAAGUCUGGGACCAGUGGGUGGGGGAAUGGCACAAACAGCAAGGCUAAUACAGGUACAAGUUGGGGGGAAUCUUUAAAGCCAGGCCCCCAACAAAAUUGGGCUAAUAAACCCCAGGACAACAAUGUGAGUAACUGGGGAGGAGCUGCUUCUGUAAAACAGACGGGGUCAGGGUGGGUUGGUGGGCCAGUGCCAGCCAAACAAAAAGAGAACUGUGAGGCAACUGGCUGGGAAGAGCCAUCUCCACCGUCCAUUCGCCGCAAGAUGGAAAUCGAUGAUGGUACCUCAGCUUGGGGCGACCCAAAUUACAACAACAACAAGACUGUAAACAUGUGGGAUAGAAAUAAUCCUAUAAUUCAGAGCAGUACCACAACCAACACCACCACCACUAGCACCAUUAUCAACACCAACAUGGUUGAACCUCAGCCAUCGCACCAGUCAAGUGCCCAGCCGAACCGGUCCCCGCUGCUUGGCCCAGCAGGCUGGGGAGAGAUGCCUGCUGUCCACACCAAGAGCGAAGCUUCCUGGGGAGAGCCCUCCUCCCCUUCUGCUGCAGUUGAUAAUGGCACUUCGGCGUGGGGGAAGCCCCCCAGCAGUGGCACCGGGUGGGGAGAGAAUCCUGCCGAGCCAGCAGGGACCUAUGGAAGAACAAACGCUCCAGCUGCUGCCCCAGCACUGUGCAAACCAGCUUCAAAAUCUAUGCAAGAAGGCUGGGGCAGUGGUGGGGAUGAAGUGAAUCUCAGUACUAGUCAGUGGGAAGAUGAAGAAGGAGAUAUGUGGAAUAAUACUGCUUCACAAGAGAGCAGCUCCUCCUGUAAUUCCUGGGGGAAUGCCCCGAAGAAAGGACUUCAAAAGCCCAAAACAAAUCCGCGCUUGUCCCUUGGUACUUUCUGGAGAACUGAAAGGAAGAGACUUCUUAAGGAUUUUGUGAUAGAAAAGCUGCACAGAGAUCUUUUAAAGGGCAUGAAGACAUCUAGCAAGCAGGAUGAGGCCUGGAUCAUGAACCGUCUGAUAAAACAGCUCACAGACAUGGGCUUCCCUAGAGAGCCAGCGGAAGAGGCCUUGAAGAGCAACAGUAUGAAUCUCGAUCAGGCCAUGAGUAAGUAUCUGUGUGCUCUGCUGGAAAAGAAGGUGGAAAUGGACAAGCGUGGAAUGGGAGUGACCGACUAUAAUGGAAUGGUCACCAAACCCCUUGGCUGCCGCCCACCACCAAUCUCCAAAGAGUCUUCCAUGGACCGCCCCACCUUCCUUGACAAGCUCACCCUUUCUUUCUCCAAUCAGGAUGGCGGCCUAGUGGAAGAGCCCACUACUUCACCAUUUUUGCCUUCACCAAGCCUGAAGCUCCCCCUUUCAAACAGUGCACUCCCUAAUCAGACCCUGGGCGGGAUUGCCUCAGGGCUGGGCAUGCAAAACUUGAAUUCUUCUAGACAGAUACCGAGUGGCAAUCUGGGUAUGUUUGGCAAUAGCGGAGCAGCACAAGCCAGGACCAUGCAACAGCCGCAGCAACCGCCAGUGCAACCUCUUAAUUCAUCCCAGCCUAGUCUUCGUGCUCAAGUGCCUCAGUUUCUAUCCCCUCAGGUUCAAGCACAGCUUUUGCAGUUUGCAGCAAAAAACAUUGGUCUCAGCCCUGCACAGUUAACCUCGCCAAUUAAUAAUCCUCAGCAUAUGACGAUGUUGAACCAGCUCUAUCAGCUGCAGCUGGCGUACCAACGUUUACAAAUCCAGCAGCAGAUGUUACAGGCUCAGCGUAACGUUUCCGGACCCAUGAGACAACAGGAGCAGCAAGUUGCACGUACAAUCAAUAACAUGCAGCAGCAGAUCCAGCAGCACCAGCGCCAGCUGGCCCAGGCCCUGCUUAUGAAGCAGCAGCCUCCCCCUCCACAUCUAUCUUUGCACCCCUCUGCAGGCAAAUCAGCCAUGGAUAGCUUUUCACCCCAUCCCCAGGCUCCCGGCCUUCCUGACCUGCAGACCAAAGAGCAACAGUCUUCACCGAACACCUUUGCUCCUUACCCUCUUGCUGGACUGAACCCGAACAUGAAUGUAAAUAACAUGGACAUUACUGGUGGUUUGUCAGUGAAGGACACUUCUCAGUCCCAGUCUCGCCUUCCUCAGUGGACACACCCCAACUCAAUGGAUAAUCUGUCUAGUGCUGCUUCUUCUCUUGACCAGAACUCCAGCAAGCACGGUGCUAUCCCUGGAGGUUUGAGUAUUGGUCCUCCGGGAAAGUCCUCCCUCGAUGACUCCUACGGCCGCUAUGAUCUGAUCCAGAACAGUGAGUCUCCUGCCAGCCCACCCGUAGCUGUUCCUCACAGCUGGUCACGUGCCAAAUCCGAUAGUGAUAAGAUUUCCAAUGGCUCCAGCAUAAACUGGCCACCAGAGUUUCACCCAGGAGUGCCAUGGAAAGGACUGCAGAAUAUUGAUCCUGAAAAUGACCCUGAUGUUACUCCUGGCAGUGUUCCAACUGGGCCUACCAUAAACACCACGAUACAGGAUGUGAAUCGCUAUCUGCUCAAGAGUGGAGGGUCAUCCCCAACAUCAUCUCAGAAUGCCACGCUGCCUUCAUCGAGUGCCUGGCCGCUUAGUGCCUCCGGCUACAGUAGCUCUUUCAGCAGCAUUGCAUCUGCACCUAGCAUUGCAGGUAAACUGUCAGACAUCAAGUCCACAUGGUCCUCUGGCCCAAUCUCUCACACCCAAGCCUCUCUGUCCCACGAACUCUGGAAGGUACCCAGAAACACUACAGCUCCGACGAGACCUCCUCCAGGCUUAACCAACACCAAGCCAUCCUCCACGUGGGGUGCCAGUCCCCUGGGCUGGACCAGCUCUUACUCCUCUGGUUCUGCAUGGAGUACUGACAGCUCAGGGAGAACAAGCAGCUGGCUGGUUCUUCGGAACCUCACCCCCCAGAUCGAUGGUUCUACACUGCGGACACUGUGUUUGCAACAUGGCCCUCUCAUCACAUUCCACUUGAACCUGACCCAAGGGAAUGCUGUGGUCCGAUACAGUUCCAAGGAGGAAGCAGCCAAGGCCCAGAAGUCUCUGCACAUGUGUGUCCUGGGCAACACCACCAUCCUGGCGGAGUUUGCCGGCGAGGAAGAAGUGAAUCGUUUCCUGGCGCAGGGGCAGGCGCUGCCGCCCACCUCCAGCUGGCAGUCCAACACUGGAUCCACCCCGAGCCGCCUGGGCUCCUCGGGCAGCUCCCACGGGCUGGUGCGCCCCGACGCCGGCCACUGGAACCCCCCGUGCCUGGGGGGCAAGGGCAGCAGUGAGCUGCUGUGGGGAGGGGUGCCCCAGUACUCCAGCAGCCUUUGGGGACCCCCCAGCGCCGACGACGGCAGAGUCAUCGGGAGCCCCACGCCCCUCAACACCCUCCUGCCAGGGGAUCUGCUCAGCGGGGAAUCCAUCUAGGAGACAGAGAAAACAGAAUGGAAAUAACAAUCAUCAGCACUAAAGGAAAACAAAACAAAACAAAAAUUAAAAAAAAAAAAAAUUUAAAAAAAAAAAAAUAAAAAUUAUUGAAAAAAAAAUAAUAAAAAAAUGGUAACCCUUUCCAGUCCCGGGCUUGAUGAAGAAUCCAGCUUUAACCCAUGAGACUGGCAGCCCUCCUUAGUACCUCUGUCCAAUAUCGAAUCUGAAACUGCAGAAGUCCUUGUGAACUGUUCCUGAAACAGUAUGGGCUCCUUUGGUCAGUGUCACAUGCUAAUGACAGGUUUUACUUUUUUCAUGGCUUUUUUUUUUGUUUGUUUUAUGUCGUCUUUUUAUGUUUGUAUGGUGAUUUUUUCAAAACCAAGUAUAAAAGCUGCUUAGAAUAGGUCUAUCAUGAAGGGCACUUUUCAGAAUUUGGGCUGGAAAGGGUUAUUUUAUCAACUGGGGGGGUGGGAAGGGGAAAUGAAAGCCUAUUUAAAUGAGCCUGUGACUAUUAUGCACAUUACAGAGGCGGACCCAAUAAUCAGAAAGGGUGAAGUGUGAUAUUUUACCAUUGGUACAGAAAAGUGACGAAUCCGAGUGGCAACUCUGGACUGUACAGGUUGAGAGGGGGGGAGGGAGGGCAGGGUUGGGGUAUCUCUGUGUCCACUACUCCCAUGGAUCUGCCUAUGCACAUUACCCUUGUUUCAUUACUUUUUCAUGUCAUUUUUUUAAUCCCAAAAAAUAUAAAAAGUAAAAAAAAAAAAAAAAAAGAAUAAAAAAAAA